AGUCAAGGCUUACUAGUGUAUUGUGGGAGAGAUAGAGCGAGCAGAGGCACACAAUAUGUGCUGGCUCGCAGAAAGGAGGCAGGAUCCUUUAAAACCAUGUAAUGUAACCAGGGAAAUGUGAAAAAAAAGAUCUCGUUUUUUUUAUUUUCGCACGGAAAAACCCUGCAGCAAAUCUAGACGAUUAGAAUCCUCGGCAACAUGCCCAAUCCGGGAGAAAAGGCCAAGCUGAAUGAAGAACACAGCAAAAAACAGAGUUCAAGCUUGGUAAACGGAAUGGAGCACCCGGCCGGUAGUUCGGGAGAGAAGAGGAGUCACCACUGGAGAAGUUACAAGUUGAUGAUUGACCCGGCGCUGAAAAAGGGAUCGCAUAAACUUUACAGAUAUGAUGGCCAGCACUACAGCAUGCCGUAUCCUGGAAUGGCACCAGUGGAUUCCGUCCGGGAUCCUAGGAUUGGUCGCAUCUGGACCAAAUAUAAGGACACGGACCUGCCAGUCCCCAAAUUUAAGAUCGACGACUGUUACGUGGGUCCCGUACCCCCAAAGGAGGUCACGUUUGCUAAGCUGAAUGACAACAUCAGGGAAGGCUUUUUGUCGGAUAUGUGUAAAAAGUACGGCGAGAUCGAGGAGGUGGAAAUUUUGUACAACCCUAAGAACAAGAAACACCUGGGCAUCGCCAAAGUGGUGUUUGUGAGCGUGAAAGGAGCGAAGGAAGCAGUGCACAACCUGAACAACACGUCCGUCAUGGGGAACAUCAUCCACGUGGAGCUGGAUACGAAAGGUGAGAAUCGGAUGCGAUACUUUGAGCUCUUGGUCAGUGGGAUUUACACCCCUAGAACCUUGCCAGUGGGAGGUGAAGCAUUCUUGGAUUCAUCUCCUCGAAGUGUAAGCAGCACACCCUCGGCCAAUGAGCCAGUCAAGCAGCCAUCCCAGAGGAUACCUGACAGUGGAGUUAGCUCUGGGACCAGUUUGGCGACUCCAAAUAGCUGCAGUACUCCCUUCUCUCUUGACACUGCUUAUUCCAGCCGUCAGGAUACACCCAAUUCCUAUGGCCAAUUCACACCACAGUCACAGGGCACCCCGCUUACGCCUCGCUUGAGUGGUACUCCUUUUUCUCAGGACUCAAGCUACUCUAGCAGACAGUCCACACCAGUCUUUCAUUUUGGAACAGAUGCCACCGGAGGAUACAAACCCAGGAGACAUGAAACUAAAUUCCAGGAUGCCUACAACCGGCGGCCCGAGCGCCAUUACGUCCAUAAUACGGCAGGGACGUACCGCAGCACGGAGCAAGCCUCUUUCACCAGCACCUUUAAGCCACAGCCGCCACCACCAGCGGAGCCCUCACCUUCUUUUCCUAUUGCUCCUUCCAUAGCUCCUACUGGGAACUACAAAUCAGCAUUUUCCCCUUACCAGAACCCUCAACCGCCAAUUUACCCUCAUGCUGUGGACCAGCUUUUCCCUCAGACUCUAAGGGAGCAAGAGUACAAACGACCUGCUCCUCCACCUGCUGAUUCUUUUGUUUCCUGUCCCAGCAGUCUUGACUUUAUUCCCGUAAAGGAAAAGCCCGAAACGCCACCCCUCCCAGAAACCCCUUUACCUGGAGAAUCAGUUGCUACUGUUCUUCCAAACAGGACGCCCGAGAGAUGUGAGACUCCCGGAACUCCAACACUUGAAUCUGAGAUGCAGCGCAACAGCCUGGACUCGAGGAUUGAGAUGCUUUUAAAAGAACAGAGGACAAAGCUCCCUUUUUUUAAUGAGCAUGAUCAAGAUGUUAUGGAGUGCAGUCCUAUUUCCUCCUCUUCGUCACAGUUAUCCCCUGUUCCCCCUUACUCAAACUCUCAAGCCAGCUAUCCUGGAGCCUCACCCACUUCCCGGCCCUGCAGCACUGGCCUGGAGGACAUCAGCCCUACACCAUUACCCGAUUCAGAGGAUGACGAACCAAUUCACUGUACUGCAUCAUUGCUGCUGAAUUCUCGUACUGGGCCAGAGGCAAGCAGCCAACCCAAUGACUCCCAGAUGGACGCUAAAGAGGUUGUAUCCAGAGACCAGUCACCAGUUUCGCAAAAAAUGCAAGAGGAUCAACAGUCCUCCGGAGAAGACAUGGAGAUCUCGGAUGAUGAGAUGCCUGGCACGCCCAAUUCCGAUUGUUCCAAGACUAUAGUGGUGAACUCUUCAGUGCCACAGCCCAUAACCAUUCCACUCCCGGCAUUCCCCCCUCUUCCGCCGCCUCCUCCUCCUCAAGCUGGAUUCCCUUUACCGCCACCUCCCCUUCCUCCCCCUCCCACGCAUCCAGCUGUUGCAGUUCCUCCUCCACCUCCACCACAUGGUGUUCCACCACCACCCCAUAUUCUUCACCCGAUGCAUCAUUACACACCUGGCAUGAUUCCUAUUAUGCCUAUGGACCUCAUGAGCUGCCUGGGUCAUCAGUGGAGUGGCAUGCCAAUGUCUUUCCAGAUGCAGACACAGAUGUUAAGUCGAAUGAUGCAAGGCUACAGAUCAUACCCAUAUCCUCCCUUUAUCACUGGAGGAGGCAUGCAGUUUGGUGGCCUGCAUCCCUACCGGCCUUAUGCAAUGACAGCAGAAUCCGGAUUAGUUCAUGGGCAGCCCUGGCCUCCCUUACCCAAGUUUAACCCAGCAGUGCCACCACCUGGAUAUGAGCCCAAGAAGGAAGAUCCGCAUAAGUCAACUGUGGAUGGAGUGUUGAUGGUCAUUGUGAAGGAGCUGAAGGCCAUCAUGAAGAGAGAUUUAAAUCGCAAAAUGGUGGAGGUGGUUGCAUUCAGGGCUUUCGACGAGUGGUGGGAAAGGAAAGAACGCUCAGCCAAGGCAUCCCUUACACCUGUUAAGUCAGGAGAUGGGAAGGAUGAGGAAAAAGAAAAGCCAAAACCAAAGGAAGCAAUCACAUCAAGCCUUCUGGAAAACUGGAAUAAAGGAGAAGGGUUGGGCUACGAAGGUAUUGGCCUCGGGAUCGGCCUGCGUGGAGCUAUUCGUUUGCCCUCCUUUAAGGUCAAACGGAAAGAGCCCCCAGACCCUACUACCUGCGGUGAUAUAAAGAGAGUUCGUCCCUCUACUCCAGUGGAUGAUGAACUCGAAGAUGAAGAAUCAGAAAGAGACAGAGACAUGACUGAUAACAGCUCGGAACUGUCAAAGAAAGAUAUAGAUGGCAUUGCAGUCAGAAGGAGACAUGCCAGGCCUCUGGAAUUGGAUAGUGAGGGUGAGGAAAAAGAGGAGACAUCUGGGAAAGAGGAGGAAGAUUCUUCCUCAGAAAAGGAUGACGAACACGAUGAACAUGGAGCCUCUGUUAAGUUGUCUUCUGAUAAGGUGGAAAAAGACUUGGAUGAUGAGCAAGGGGGGAAGGAGGAGGAGGAAGAUGAUGAUGAUGAAGAGGAGGAAGAGGACGAUGAAGAAGAUGACGAUGGCGAUGAUGAGGAGGAGGAAGAUGACAGUGAUAUUAGUGAGAAAGAAGAUAUUGACUCUGAUGAUGCUGAAGUAAGCAGGCUCUCGUACAAAUGUGAACUUUCUACAUCAGAAGAAAGUGAUUUGUCCUCAGAGUAUGAAUCGUCUAGUUCAGAUGAGGAAGAGGAUGAGGAAGAGGAGGAGGAUGAGGAUAGAAAAGCAUCUUUGGUGUCCGACUCUGAUGAAGAGCGUGAAAAAGAAAUGGAAGUGCAAGAAGUGAAGCCACCAACACCUACCGCAAUUGGGCCUUGUGUAAAAGAAGAAAUUUGUAUUGGAGUAGAACCAUUCACUGAUGCUAAAAAACUUUUGGGGGAAAUGGUUGCACCAGUGACGAGGAUUGAGCAGGAGGAAGAGGAGGUGGUGUUAGAAACUAAGGAUAAUAAACUUUUGGAGGCGGUGGAGACUCCAGUAAGCAUAGAGCUCAUCCAAGACCUGAGACCACCUUCUCCCAAAGGCGUACCAGAAGAACCUGAUCCAGAUGUAGAAAUGGAAUCAGAAAUUCCCGAAGCCUCAAAGGUGGAGCACCUAGAGGACUUAGGCAGUUUGCGUCCACCUACUCCUACGGGGUCUUUGGCAGAUAGUGAUCAAGACAUGCGAGUUAAAAGCAAGUUCUCAUCUCCAACUGUCGAAGAAGAAGAGAGCCUUCCAAGAACUCCAGGCCAAGAAAUAACAGCUCAUUCUGAUUCUGAAGUGCCUAUUGCCAAACUGUUGCCUUCAUGUGCUCUUCCUCCAACUCCGGGCAAAAAAGUAGAGGCAUCCUUAGUUCCUCCAGAGCCUCUCUCUGAGCUUCCACUUCCCAGCAAGAUGAUGAUGGAGGAUGACUUACCAAGGACUCCUGGUCGAGAUUUACUUGUUAAAUCUAGUAAGAGCCUGGCAAAAUCCCAGAGCACAGAGACUGUCCCUGCUACACCUGGCAGUGAUGGUCCCAUGACAGGAAAUAGUCUAACGCUAAGCUCCCCACAAAUUCCUGGAAGCCCCUUUUCUUACCCUUCUCAAUCUCCCGGUGCCAGUAGUGGGAUUCCCCGAACACCAGGUAGGGAUUUAAUCUUCACUCCCACCUUCCCAGAAUCUUCUGUCACAGGUACUCCUGUGACAACCAGUCUAUCCAUUCACAGAAAAGGCUCGUCUGAUAGUUUUGAUGGCAGGCCAUUGUUCAAAGAGCCUUGUAUUACAUCACCGCACGUAAACCUUAACAGCUCAGUCCCCUCUGUUCCUUCAUCUGGUGCACCUUCAUUCACUUUCUCCAAGGACUUCAAGCUGCCAACAUCAGACCCCUCUGUACUUUUUGAGCCUGUACCUAAUUCAACUUCUAUGCCAAACAAAGAGAACAGUGUAAGAGAAGACUUUCAGGAUUAUGAGGAUACAAAGAUCUUCUCUUCAGAAGACACCCCUGCUAAAAAGAAAUCUGGAAGACCUAAACCAAAAAGGUUUUCUCCACCACCUGUUUUGUCCCUGGAUGCCAACUUGUUCAAAACCACAGAGUCUCAGGCUCAUACUGUACCAACAGAACAGGCACUAAAAGACUUUUUUAUGGCUGACGUAAACGCCACACCAUCUGCUGGUGGAGUCAGAGAUCCCUCUUCAGUCGCUCUGGACUUUCGGGAAGAGCGGGGGAAGGAGGAAUUGGUGGCCUUGGAAAAAGUCCCCUUUAAGGAACUGGAGAACAAGCUGGUUGAGAAUGAACUAGAAGAAGAGAAAUUAGUGCAGAAACCUCGCAGGCGGUGGCGCAGGCGGAAGCAGGAGGAACUACUUUUAGCCCUCAGCACACCAGAUUUUUCUCCCCCCAGGCCCAUCUUCAGACCCCGCACAGACUUUGAGGAAAUGACCAUAUUAUAUGACAUCUGGAAUGAAGGCAUUGAUGAGGAGGACAUUCAGCACCUGCGAAUUACCUAUGAGAGAAUGCUGCAGGAGGACAAUGGAAUGGACUGGCUUAACGAUACCCUUUGGGUCUACCAUCCUCCUACCAAUGUUUCUACCAUAAGGAAGAAAAAACGGGAGGAUGGGAUGCGUGAGCAUGUGACAGGUUGUGCUCGAAGUGAGGGCUACUAUAAAAUUGACAAGAAAGACAAAGUCAAAUACCUCAACAGUAGCCGGCUAGUGACGGAUGAGCCUCCUGUGGACACCCAGGGUAUGAGCAUUCCAGCACAGCCUCAUGCUUCAACACGUGCAGGCUCAGAGCGACGGUCCGAGCAGCGAAGACUCCUUUCCUCCUUUACAGGUAGCUGUGAUAGUGACCUGCUCAAGUUCAACCAGCUCAAGUUCCGUAAAAAGAAAAUUCGUUUCUGCAAAAGCCACAUACACGACUGGGGCUUGUUUGCAAUGGAGCCUAUUGCAGCAGAUGAAAUGGUGAUUGAAUAUGUUGGUCAAAACAUUAGGCAGGUCAUUGCUGACAUGCGAGAGAAGCGUUAUGAGGAUGAAGGCAUUGGGAGCAGCUACAUGUUCAGGGUGGAUCAUGACACCAUUAUUGAUGCCACAAAGUGCGGGAACUUCGCCAGGUUCAUCAACCAUAGUUGUAAUCCCAACUGCUAUGCCAAGGUCAUCACGGUGGAGUCCCAGAAGAAGAUUGUUAUUUAUUCGAGACAGCAGAUCAAUGUAAAUGAGGAGAUCACGUAUGACUACAAGUUCCCCAUUGAGGACGUCAAGAUACCCUGCCUGUGUGGCGCAGAAAACUGUCGGGGCACCCUAAACUGAGGUGGCCUAGGGAUUUCACCUCUGUCUCUUGGUCUCCAUCAGCUGAUCAUUGUCAAAGCUCUUUUAAAUAUUGACCGUCUGCUGGAGCAGACACCCAUUCUCAGUUGCACUAUGCCAAAAAAAAAGAGAAAAAAAAAAAGACAUAAUAUUUCAUCACCAACGUAUCGCACUUCGGCUCGGGCCACUGAACAAGCUAUUGUGCACGCCUAUCUACACAAUGCACAGUCUUGUUGUUUACGACUACCGGUGCUGUUCCUAAAAGUGAGUGUUACCAGUUUCUCUGCUCAAACAA